CUCUUCUCUCAAAAACAGUGUCUGGAGUUGAAAUCUUUCUCAUAUUCUUGGUGGGUACAGUUUAUCUUCUCGCCGAAGAUAAACUGCACGUUCGUGAUCGUUGAUGUUAACUGAUCAAUCUUAGGAACUGUAGUCAUGAGUGGCAACAUUCCUAACGUUGUUGAACGCCCAUUCAGGCCAAGUCUUGAGAAAAUUGAAACAGAUAUAGCGGAGGAUGAGAGUAAAAAGAAACAUGGGUCUUUUAAGAAGGCGGCAAUCAGCGCCUCUUCCAAAUUUAGGCACUCAAUAGCUAGAAAGGGUCGUCGUAACAGCAAAGUUAUGUCUGUUGAUUUUGAGGACGAGCGUGAUGCUGAGGAGUUGCAAGCUGUAGACGUCUUGCGUCAGGUUCUCAUCUUGGAAGAAUUGCUCCCUGCUAAACACGAUGAUUAUCAUAUGUUGCUUAGGUUUUUGAAGGCUAGGAAAUUCGAUAUUGAGAAAACAAAGCAAAUGUGGGCUGACAUGAUUCAAUGGAGGAAAGACUUUGGUUCUGACAACAUUAUGGAGGAAUUUGAGUUUAAGGAGAGGGAUGAGGUUGUUAAAUACUAUCCACAAGGGCAUCAUGGUGUUGAUAAAGAUGGAAGACCCGUUUACAUUGAGAAGCUCGGUCAAGUUGAUUCGACCAAGCUCCUGCAAGUUACCUCAUUGGAUCGCUAUCUCAAAUACCAUGUUCAGGAGUUUGAGAGGACCUUCAUUGAUAAGUUCCCAGCAUGCUCCAUCGCAGCCAAAAAACACAUUGAUCAGAGCACAACCAUAUUAGAUGUUCAAGGAGUGGGACUAAAAAGUUUUAAUAAGUCUGCUAGGGAACUCAUUCAGACCCUUCAAAGCGUUGAUGGUAAUAACUACCCUGAGACUCUAUGUCGCAUGUACAUAAUCAACGCAGGAUCUGGAUUCAGGCUAUUGUGGAGUACAGUUAAAUCGUUCCUCGAUCCGAAAACCACAUCUAAGAUCCAUGUUUUGGGUAACAAAUAUCAAAGCAAGCUUCUUGAGAUCAUUGACGCGAGUGAGUUGCCAGAGUUCUUGGGUGGAACUUGCACUUGUGAAGAUAAAGGUGGUUGCAUGGUUUCUGAUAAGGGACCUUGGAAUGACCCCGACAUCAUUAAGAUGGUCCGAAACAAUGAGCACAAAUGCACAAACAAAACCGUUCUUUCACCUGUCAAUGAAUCCCCGAGAGCUGAUUAUGAUGAUACUACACAUUCACACAUCUCCCAUGUUCAUGAAGAAGUGACUCAGCGACCACUAAGUGCAUUUGAGACUGUGAAAGACAUGCCCAUGAAUGAUAAGCCUGUUACAACCAUUGUACAAAAAACAGAGAAACAAAUAAACUUUGCUAAAGCUGCAUCCGCAGGUUGUUUUCCUGCAAAACACUCUCUUAAGCCUUCUGAGAUAAUUAGCAACCAUAUCUUGAAUGGAGUAAUGACUAUUGUUAUGGGAGUCGUGACUAUGGUUCGUAUGACACGAACCAUGCCAAAAAGACUCACAAAUGCCACCCUCUACUCCUCCUCCAUAUAUAGUGAUAGUGACUCUAACUCGCCUAGGGAAACCAUCUCAAACGAGGAUUACAUUAUCAUGAUGAAACGCAUGAACGAGCUAGAGGAGAAAGUGAUCAUCCUCAGCAAGAGGUCCACAACUAUGCCACCUGAAAAGGAAGAGAUGUUAAACAAUUCCUUGCAACGCAUAGACAUGCUGGAGCAAGAGCUGUCUACAACAAAAAAGACUUUAGAGGAUGCUCUGGUUCGGGAAGAGGAACUCGUUGCCUUCAUUGAAAAGCAGAAGAAGAAAAAGAAGAGAUUCUUUGCUUUCUGAAGGGCGAAGAUUACAACAUGCUUUGAUUAUUUUUAGAGAUGGUGUUGUGCUACAUCGGGCACCAUUUCCUAUAAUUCUUAUGUUUUUCAGAACUUGUUGCAAUCUUAUGUAAAUAGAACUCUUUGUUGUUUGUGUUGGAAUUUUACACUAAAAUUUGUAGGCUGGGAGUUUCAUUGAUAACCUCAGCAUUCUCUGUUCUUGCUUACAGCAUGACAGGGCCCAAAAACAAAUUGAAAAUUCCAAAGGGAUUUCAUGCAUCCU